CACGGCCGGGAGAUUCGAAAAAUGAGCGGCAACGAAACGGCGACAACGACAACAAAGAUGAACAACGGAGGCGCCGAGCGCAAGGAUGUGACGGCGAGUGCAAGGAUGGAAGCGACGGCCGCGGCUGACGGAUCGACGACAAGCAAAAAGUACACGUACGAACGCGAUACGGAUGCUGCUGAAGAAGUGGACUUGACCGCGUUGCUGUACGAUGGAGACAGCAUGCCCACAGACAAGCGGCGGCUCUGUGUCGCGUACAACCGGCAGCUCUUCGAUUCCUGGGUGAAGCAGUUCAGUCCAGCCUGUGCAGCAGCAUCUGUGGCGGGCGCGUUUAAUGCACUCUCGCGUCGGCGUCGUGAUGAUGAGCAGGCGCUAUCCCAACACGAUCUCCUUGAGGAGUUCCGCAACGUGUUGGACGGCAUUGUCAUCAAGCACCAUCGCCGAUGCUCAUUCGCGCUUGGCGCGGACCCAUCUGAUCUCGUGGAAAAGCUCAAGCUGAAACUGGCAGAAAACGACCAGUCCUUUGCCACCAAGUUCCCAAAAGGCAAGAAGAAGAAGAUACUGUGGCAGCACAUCCGGGAGCUGGUUGAUGACGACGUCAGCAACACGGAGCGCGUGUUUGCUCAGCUGCGCACUGUGUAUGGGCGGCACGCACCGGCCAGAGAUGGGAGUGGUGACAAGGACGGGAGCCAGGGCGGCAUUGGUGGUGGGGAUAUCGAUGGAGGUGAUGACGAUGAUGGUGGUGAUGAUCACGAUGAAGACGAGGACGAUGAUGAUGUCGACGUGGUUGUCACGACGGCCCAAAAGCAGCAGAAGCAAGAUGCGCCCACAGUCGGGUCACGUGUGACAGCGUGUGUAGACGUGUCGAAAGAAUCGGGUGGUGAUGAUGGCGAUCAGAAGGAGAAGGAGGGCAGUGGUGAUGGUGAGAAGCAAAAGGGCGACAACGUUGCCAGCACCACAGCAACAACGUCGACUGGCGGAACUGCACAGCACAACGAGGAGCUCGAAGAGCUAGCAGUAACGCCUGUGAGUCCCAAGUGGAAGAAGGCGCUGAUGGCGUAUGUGAAUGCGGUGAUUGGUAUGGCAAAGCUGACCAAGGAGCGACCGAGCACAGCGUACUUUGGGAACUGGGGCAUCACGUCUGCAUGCAAGGCCGUCUCUUCACAAUACGAUACGGUGCUUGAGUGCCGGCCGUUCAUGGGCAAGGCGAUGAAAGGAUCGCGGGUGCAGCACAAACUGCUCACCCGCGAUGAUGCGCGGAAGAUUGAGGACCAGUGGCGUGCCCUCUUCUCGGAGUUCAACAGAUCAAACACAGUGCUGCUCUUCCAUCUGACGAACCACUAUGCACUCGUGUAUGCGAUGCGCGAAUGGGAGGACGAUACCGGCAUCGUCCGGGAAAUUCUCACUGCAAGGAAAGGACAGCGGCCCAAAGCGUGGAUUGGGUUCACGGAGGUUCGCAAGAUCCUCCUUGGCUGGAGCGGCUACCAGAUCAUGUCCAUCACAACACCAACGCCAUCAUCAUCAUCAUAAUCAUCAUCAAAAACCUCUUGUUUUUUUGUUAUUGUUUGUUUGUUGUGUUGUGCUGUGUUGUGUUGUGUUGUGUUUGUUUGUUUAAUGUUGGGGGAUUGCGGGCUCGUUACAAGCGAAUACACCAGCGCAGUUAAUGCUCAACACAACACGCGCACCCAAC